AUGCUGUCUCUAGGUCACUGUCGUCUGACAGACGGUUGCUGUUCAGAUCUGGCCUCAGUCCUGAGUUCACCCAACUCACAACUGAAACAACUGGAGCUGAGAGACAAUGACCUGCAGGACACAGGAGUUACACUGCUGUCUGCUGGACUGGAGGAUCCAGACUGUAAACUACACACACUGGGGCUGUCUGGCUGUCUGGUCACAGAGGAGGGCUGUGCUGCUCUGUCUUCAGCUCUGAGGUCAACCCCCUCCCACCUGAAAGAGCUGGUCCUGAGCUACAAUCACCCAGGAGACUCUGCAGGGGGACUGCUUUCAGCUGCUCUGGUGGAUCCCACAGAUAAACUGAUGAAGCUGAAUGUGGAUCAUGGUGGAGAGUUCAGGCUGAAAUCAGGGCUGAGGAAAUAUGCCUGUCAUCUCACCCUGGACCCAAAUACAGCAAACCCAAACCUGAUGCUGUCUGAGGGGAACAGGAAGGUGACAUUGGUGGAGGAGAAGCAGCAUUAUGAAGACCAUCCAGACAGAUUUGACCAUCAUUACCAAGUUCUCUGCAGAGAAGGCUUAUCUGGAUCUCGUUAUUACUGGGAGGUGGAGAGGGAUGGUGGCAGGGCUUACAUUGGUGUGGCGUACAAAGGAAUGAAGAGGAAGGGAGAGAAGGAGGACAGUUGGAUUGGACUCAACAGGAAGUCCUGGGGUUUAUUAUGCUCUGAUAGUGGUGAUGACUUUUACCAUGCUGGAGUCCGUAGCAUAACCAUCCCUGGUCCUGUUUCUAAGAGAGUUGGAGUGUAUCUGGACUGGCCAGCUGGUACUUUGUCCUUCUAUAGUGUGUCCUCCUCUGGUACACUGACACACCUUUACACAGAACACACCACAUUCACUGAACCCCUCUAUCCUGGGUUUGGGGUUUCCUCCUCCUCAAUGACCCUGUGUCAGAUAGAUGACCAACACAUUCAAAGAGACCACGGUGGAGAGUGUUGUAUCAAGCCUGGACCUGAGAAAUGGAUUCCUCAGAGCUGUAAGACUUGUGACCAUGUUGAGGACUCCACACACUGGCUUCAGAUUGAACCCUUGACUUCCACUGUCCAGGGAGUGACAAUGUUCAGGCACAGGACACCCAAAGGGCGUUAUGAGUGCACAGUGUCUGGGCUCCGCUGGGUCUGUGAGAGAGAUGUCAUUCUGAAGUAUCACUUCAGGAACUGGGAACCCUACAGUCACCUUCUGAAAGACAUGCAGUACGGACAAGGUGGUCCAUUGCUGGACAUCACUAAGGAGUUAGGUGAACUGGAGGAAGUUCAUCUGCCACACUUUGUCUGUUUAGGGACCAACCCUUCCCUGAGGAAUGAGAUGAAGAUUCUUCAUGUAGAGGAACAUGGAGUGUCUGUUGAGGAAGUGCAUGAGGUCACCAGAUUCCAUGCUAAGAUUCUCCAUCCCAAGUUCUCACCUAUCGCUGUUAUACUGAGCUAUAUAUUUUUUUGGAACGUAGAUGUCCACUGUGACGUGGUCCUCUAUAUGGCAGUAAAAAAGGCAACAGUAAUUUCACGGCUGUACAUGCUCCUCAGAAACUCCAGUCAGAAAGAGGCUGUUCGGGACCGGGAGAAAUAUCAGGUGUCCCAAGGAUAUUCAGAAUUGGUCCUGUCAAGUCCAAACGGGUCCUUAAAGCUGAACAGUUGGUUUGCUGUCAAGAAUCCCCAUUCCUCCUCCAUCAAUCCAGAGAAGAUUCAGCUGUUACCUGCAGACACCACACCAAGCUGUUGUAAGAUGGUUAUGAGAAACACAGGGGUUGACAUUGAGAUGGAGUUAAUCGGGGAUGAUGAGAGGACAGUAUGGAGAGAUAUGGUACCAACAGAUGAAUACAUCCCUGAAACCCAUUCAACUAGUGCUGUGUUGGGGGCAGGGCGUCCGGCUGAGAGCAGUCUGACUGGUUCUGCAGAGCAGCAGCUGCGUUCUGUACGGACAGAGUUUGUGAGACGAGUGUCAGGACCUGUCCUGGAAGGUCUGCUGGACGGACUCCUGCAACACACAGUCAUCAACCAGGAGGAAAUGGAGUCAGUAAAGGUGAUAGCUGAGAGGGCAGAGAAGGCACGUGACAUCAUCGACAUGGUGUUGAGAAAAGGAACUGAGUCAUGUUCCAGGAUGAUCAACCUUCUUGGGGAGCUGGACCCCUAUCUUUGGUCACAGCUUCAGAUCUAAAGUUGUAGCCAACCCCUGGGUGUGGGGAGACCAGGCAGAAUAGACAGGCAGGGUGGUUCAACAUGGUCUUGUUGUCUGUUGCUUUAAUUCAGGCUCCCAAAAUGUACAG